AUAUUCUUCUCAGCCUUGCAGCUGGGUUUUAAGAGAAGGUUUAUUCUCUUUCAUUCUUCCUUCUCUUUGGAAUUUGCUUCUAGUUUUUGUUCUUUAGAAUGGCUUUCAAGCUUUCGAGGGAGAAAAAGAAUGUGGUAGUUGAUAAAUGUGUGCCAUUUUCCUCCUAGACACGGCUCUCUUUGUAUUAGCAUGUUUUAACCCCAAAUUAAGAUUAAGUUUUAGGUUUGUUUUCUGAAAGGCAACAUUUGCCCCUGAAUUUCAGGGUACUCUAAAUGUGGCAUAAAAUUUAAAGUUUAACUAUAGGUUUAAAAAGUAAAUAUUUUUCUGAAAAUGCAUCCUCUAAACAUACAUUUCUUUAGGUAUAUCCACAAAGCAUCUUAGCUUGCAAUAGACUAGUUUGGAGCCAACUAUAUUUACCUUUAUCCUCACAUAAAGGGGACUCUGAAAUAGUAAUUUUCCUAUGUUGAGAUAAAUGCUGAGUUUAUCUCAACAUAGGAAAUAGCCAAACAUAGGACAAGUUCAGAAACCAUUAUUGUAGUCCAAUGAAAAUACCUCCCUUGCACACAUAUGGAAAAAUUCCAUAAUAUCUGAAAGAUCAUCUUGAAUGCCAUAAUCUAUUGACCUGAAGUCUGUCUGUGAUCCUUUGUGAUAAGUACUGGAAAAGCUGCUUCUGACAGAUAAACAUGUUUUAUGAUGUUUAAGUUUUUCUAAUGACUGCUAAACUUGAGGAGGUCCUAUUUUGUGCAUUGGAAAAUAGUGACUACUAAGUGGGAUAUGAGAGAGGUCAUGAUCAUCCUCAGAAUUUGAGGUCUCCAGUGUAAAAACAUUUUGGAUUGCACUCUGAGGGAAACCAAGAAAUUCAAUGCAGAACUUUGUCUUUUAUUAUUAGUAGCUCCAAAUCUCCAAGUAUAUAUAUAUUAUGACUCAUCUCCAGAGAGCCUGAUCUGGACUGCCUACAUAGGUAGUUACCAUAUCUAAGGAGGAUAUUUAUAUUUAUCUAGUGGGGUUUUUUUUAGGCCCUAAACAUUACUAACAAUCUCACUGAGUUUCUGAGGUAGGCAUGCUCUUCUGCUCUCCCAUCCCUCACCCUUUCACCCACCUCACUCUAUGAAGAUAACCUCACUCACUUGGAGAAAACAAAAUCCUUGCAAAAGGAACUGUUUCAGCUUACAGCCACCCGUCUCCAAAUUUCUUGUAUCUUACAUAGAUUUGGUCUGCCUCCACGUUACUAUCAUGGAUAAGGUGGCACUUUUCAAAAGCUAAUCUAAUUUCUAGAUUCCAUUCCCUAUCUAUGGCCCCUUUUUACUUUCAACUGGUUCCUUCUCAUUAGCAUUAAAACCAGCUCACUUGUCUCCCACUUUAAACAAACAAAAAAUACUUUCCUUUACCCCAACCCAGCCUUCAGGUCGUACUUGCAAAGGCGGUCCAUUCCCCAUAAGCCACAGUUCUAGAAAGAGCACAAUGCCUGAUACAUAGUAAGGAAUCUGCUGCAAUGAAAGCUGAUCUCCUGAGGGCCAGGAAUAUGAAAAGGUACAUUAACCAACUGACUGUGGCAAAGAAGCAGUGUGAAAAGAGGAUCAGAAUUCUGGGAGGUCCUGCCUAUGACCAGCAAGAGGAUGGGGCCUUGGAUGAGGGGGAAGGGCCUCAAAACCAGAAGAUUCUUCAGUUUGAAGAGAUCUUGACCAAUCCUUUGUACCGAGAGCACUUUCGAUUAUACAUGGAAAGGAUAGACAAAAGAGCUCUGAUUAGUUUUUGGGAGUCUGUGGAACAUUUAAAGAGUGCAAACAAGAAUGAAAUUCCACAAUUAGUUGGUGAAAUUUAUCAGAAUUUCUUUGUGGAAAGCAAAGACAUAUCUGUAGAAAAAUCACUUUACAAAGAAAUCCAGCAAUGUCUUGUAGGAAAUAAAGGUAUUGAGGUGUUCUACAAAAUCCAGGGAGAUGUAUAUGAGACCUUAAAGGAUAGAUAUUACCCUUCAUUUAUUGUCAGCGAUUUGUAUGAGAAAUUGAUGAUAAAAGAGGAAGAAAAACAUGUCUCAAAAUUGAUUUCCAACAAAGAUGAUAUGGGCCUGGAAAAUGAGGCUAGUGAGGAACCUUUAGAUGAAGGUGCCAGUGGGAUUAAUGAACAUACCAGUUUUGCUGUCAACAAACUCCGAGAACUAAAUGAGAAACUUGAAUAUAAAAGGCAAGCUCUAAAUUCUAUUCAAAGUGCACCAAAACCUGACAAGAAGAUUGUUUCCAAGUUGAAGGAUGAAAUAAUUCUAAUAGAGAAAGAACGCACAGACCUUCAACUGCACAUGGCGAGAACAGACUGGUGGUGUGAGAACCUUGGCCUGUGGAAAGCAUCCAUCACCAGUGGAGAGGUUACAGAAGAGAAUGGUGAGCAAAUGCCUUGUUACUUUGUCACAGUAAGCCUACAAGAAGUUGGAGGAGUUGAAACUAAAAACUGGACUGUCCCAAGAAGGCUCAGUGAGUUUCAGAAUUUACACCGGAAACUCAGUGAGUGUGUCCCUUCUAUUAAAAAAGUCCAGUUGCCUUCUCUUAGCAAGCUGCCUUUCAAAUCUAUAGAUCACAAGUUUAUGGAAAAGUCAAAGAAUCAAUUAAAUAAGUUUUUACAGAAGCUACUUUCAGAUGAAAGACUGUGUCAGAGCGAAGCACUUUAUGCCUUUUUGAGCCCUUCUCCUGACUACCUCAAGGUCAUUGAUGUGCAGGGGAAAAAAAACUCUUUUUCAUUAUCCUCAUUUUUGGAAAAACUUCCCCGUGACUUCUUCUCCCAUCAGGAGGAGGAGACGGAGGAGGACAGUGACCUGUCAGAUUAUGGUGAUGAUGUGGAUGGGAAGAAAGAUUCCUUGGCUGAACCAUGUUUCAUGUUAAUUGGGGAGAUUUUUGAACUUCGAGGAAUGUUUAAAUGGGUGAGAAGAACAUUAAUUGCUCUCGUUCAGGUCACUUUUGGAAGAACCAUCAACAAACAAAUCCGGGACACAGUGAACUGGAUUUUCAGUGAGCAGAUGUUGGUUUACUACAUCAGUGUUUUCCGGGAUGCUUUUUGGCCAAAUGGGAAAUUGGCACCACCAACCACAAUCAGAAGCAAAGCACAAAGUCAGGAAACAAAACAGAGAGCACAGCAAAAGCUACUUGAAAACAUUCCAGAUACACUCCAGAGCCUUGUUGGACAACAAAAUGCCCGCCAUGGUAUAAUAAAAAUAUUCAAGGCACUGCAAGAAACAAGAGCCAAUAAGCAUCUGUUAUAUGUGUUGAUGGAGUUGCUGCUAAUUGAACUGUGUCCUGAGCUGAAAACUCAUUUAGAUCAACUUAAAGCUGGUCGAGUUUGAGACUGCACAAAUAAACCACCAGAGAAAUGUCUGUAAUAAUAGACAUGAAACAUUUUCCUCUUUUCCACAGAGGGUCUGACUGAGAACAUAUUGAUUUUUAUUUUCGUUACCUCCCUCUAGUUUUAUGUGAAAUAAGCAGAAUUGGGGGGAGGGGUCUUGAUGCUGUGGUAGGCAACAGGAAAAAAAGAAAACCUGUUUAUUAAUUUUUAAGUAAUAAAAAUACUUUCAAAAGUUCAACAAUACUGAUUGAAAUACAAAUGUUAAUAUGUGAUAAGAAGCUAGGAAAUAUUUUAAAUAUUUAUGAAAACAAUUUUGUUUUAAAAUGAACUAUGAAUAUUGUACAGCUAAUUUCCUCACUGAGGAUUCUGAACAUUCCUAUGUUAUUUCAUGUGUACUGAAGAACAUUGUUGUGCAAUGCUUUGUGUAAAGUUAUUGUGAAAAUUUUAUUGUCUUUAUUUUUACCAAAGAUUUCCCAUAGUUUGAAGCAUUUGAAGCAAUAAAAUAUAAAAAAUGAA